UUUAUUUUCCUUGCAUCCAUAUCUUAUAUUGCCAUUUCUUCGUCUCCAAUCCCAUACCCUUCUUUGAGUAGUUCUAUUCAGAUGCAAUUUCAAUUUUCAUUCAAUUGGGAAAUAACGGUGACAACCUCAAUGGCUAGUGGUAGAAAUGUUCUGAAUUUUCCAAGGGAAUACUCCAGAAAUUGUUUAUCAAACUCUGAAUCUACCAUUCAUCUUUUGGAUAUUGCUACUGGAAAAGUGUUUAAGUCUCCAAUCAUUACGUCCACCAAAAAUAAUGAAGACAAGUAUGUUUAUUCUUGCUGGAAGAAGUUUGUGAAAGAAAACAAAUUGAAGUUCAAAGAUAGGGUUAUUUUCAAUGCUCCGGAUGGCAACAAUGUGUUACAAGUUCAAAUUUUACGUAGAAGUCACCCACGUUAGUUGAU